UCAGUAACAGCCAGUACGUACGGUUAGUCGCGCGCGAUUUUAAACGGCUCUGUUCACAAAGCUCGGUUUUAUUUUAGCCUCUUGGUAUGUGUGAUGUGUUUUAUUUUCGAAUAAAAUUUGCAUGUUGGGUUGAAGAUUGUUUCCAAAAGAAAUCGAGAUCGUAAAGUUUUUGUAAAAGUGAUGAAAAUGAUCACCGAUCGAAGCUAGUGAGUGAGAAUAAAUUUUGGAAAAUAUCUCAAAUCAAAGUGGUAGAAUAAAAAGUCGUGCAAAGGAGACAAAUCAACGGUAACACCCACACCCAAACGGAGCGUUACCCACGUAUAAAUAUCGAGAGUAGAUCGAGAACAUCGCUGACGGGGGCAGAUCGCUCCACGCGCACCUCUCGAGCUACCAGCUUAGUAAAUAUAAGCAGAACACACCGAGCAGCACCCAAGGUGAUCGUGCUGAUCGAAAUUAUAAAAUUGGACCACAGAAGAUCCGACCUGUAGAAAGCACACACAUAAAUUCCCCGACAGCAAGGAAGCCACAGGAUCCGGCAGAAACAAAAGCAAACAACAACAUCAAUAACAACAACAGCAACAACAACCUACUAAGUGGUGCUCGUACAUACACACAUACACACAAACGCGACCUACUACGAAAACGAGCAAGCAAGCAAGAAGAAUAAAAAGCACAAACGCAAGCAACGAAACUUUUUUCCUCUGAUCCUUGCCCGGCACUACACUUGCAUCAUCAGCUUUUCACCACCAAAGUCAGAGGCGGUCGAUUGCAGCGUGCAGAUAAAUUUAUUAUAUUUCUACGAAGUGUCACUCGCGGACCGUCGCCGUCUGCCGUUGUCAGCAGCAGCACCAGCAUCAAAGUACCACCACCAUGUCGACGCUGUCGUUACGAAUCAGUCUGGAGGGUGGUCGGGUCACAAAGACGAUUCAGUUCGACCCGAACACGACCGUCUUCGACGCCUGCCGGAUUAUCAAGGACAAAUUCGCCGAAGCAGUUCAGGGACAAGCACAGGAAUUUGGACUGUUCCUGGCGGAUGAAGACACCCGACAGGGCGUCUGGCUGGAACCAGCACGGAACCUCGGCUACUACCUGCUGAGAAAUCACGAUGUGCUGGAAUACAGAAGGAAGCACCGGAACCUCCGGGUUCGGAUGUUGGACGGUGCAAUCAAAACGAUUUUGGUUGACGACUCCCAACCGGUUUCGCAGCUGAUGGUGGUCAUCUGUACCAAGAUCGGUAUCACGAACCACGAAGAGUACGGACUGGUGCGGGAAGAUCCGGAAUCGCAAAAUGAAAACCUACCGGAUAACAAGUCGAAUAUGGGCACGUUGACCCUGCGCAGGAAGGUUGCCGAAAGGGAACGCGAUGCCAAGAUGGAAAGCUUGAGGAAGAAGCUCCGAACUGACGAUGAGAUCCAUUGGGUCGAUGUUGGGAAAACUCUCAGGGAGCAAGGAAUAGACGAAUCGGAAACGGUACUGCUGAGGCGAAAGUUUUUCUACUCGGAUCAGAACAUUGAUUCAAGGGAUCCAGUUCAGCUAAAUCUGCUGUACGUCCAGGCCAGGGAUGCCAUCUUGGAUGGCACUCAUCCGGUAACUCAGGAGAAAGCAUGCGAGUUCGCUGGCAUUCAGGUACAGAUCCAGUUCGGCGAUCAUAACGAAUCGAAGCACAAACCAGGAUUUUUGGAUCUCCGCGAGUUUCUACCGGCAUCGUACGUCCGCGUCAAGAGCAUCGAGAAGAAAGUGUUUGCUGAACAUCGGCGACACGCUGGCCUGUCGGAUCUGGAUGCCAAGUAUCUGUACACCAAAACAGCUCGGGAGCUCCCAACGUACGGUGUUACCUUCUUCCUGGUGAAGGAAAAGAUGACCGGCAAGAACAAGCUGGUCCCACGUUUGUUGGGUGUUACCAAGAGCUCCGUACUGCGGCUGGACGAAUUGACGAAAGAAAUUCUGAAAACGUGGCCACUAACGACGGUUCGCCGUUGGGGUGCUUCACCGAAUACGUUUACGCUGGACUUCGGAGACUAUGCCGAUCAGUACUACUCGGUGCAGACGACAGAGGCGGAGCAGAUUGUGCAACUGAUUGCCGGAUAUAUUGAUAUCAUUCUGAAGAAGAAACAGGCCAAGGACCAUUUCGGGAUCGAAGGAGACGAAGGGUCCACCAUGGUGGAGGAGAGCGUUGCACCGUCAAAGGCCACUUUCUUGCAACAUGAGGAAACGACUCCUUCCGGCAAGGUGGAAACGCAAUCGAUCGCCAAACCAGCCAUUAUGCGCGGAUACGACGGCGAACGUCCAUAUGGCACGGGGGAGAUGCAAUCGAUGCAGUACGGUGCCAUCGUCGGACAAGUCAACCUGGCCCAUCAACCACCAAUGAUGCAGCAAACUCGCAUCAGUACGGUCCUCUCGGAGCCACAACGGGCCCUCAUCGGAUACAUCUCGGCCGGUCAGGAUGCCAUCAACAAGGCAGAAAAAGACCUGGAGAGCAAGGCCCAACUGCCUGCUCUGGGAACGGAUCCAGGCUCGCUACAGUGGCGUGAAGAAACCCUGGACACUUCCAAGCAAACCGUCACCACCCAUCUGGCAACGAUGAAUGCCGCUACGGCGCAGGUCGUCACGGCCUCCCAACCGGAUGAAAUCGAUCACGAUGCCGUUGGGGCUGCAGUGUCGCAGAUCACCCAAAGCAUUCCGGAGGUCACGAAGGAAGUUCGGUUGAUCGCCGCUUUGAUGGAUGAUGACUGUACCGGCGAUAAGCUACUGGAAGCAACCAGAAAACUCUGCUCGGCGUUCAGCGAUCUGUUGAAAUCGGCAGAACCAGAGAGUAAGGAACCGCGACAGAAUCUGCUGAACGCUGCCAGUCGGGUUGGCGAGGCCAGCGGACAGGUACUCAGUAGUAUGGGUGAGGAGAGCAUGGAGAGUCGGGAGUUGCACGAUAUGCUACUGGGAUUGGCCAAGGCUGUGGCCAACACUACGGCGGCCCUGGUCCUGAAGGCCAAAUCAAUUGCCGCCGUUACAGAAGACGAAGCUACAAGGAACAGAGUGAUCGCCGCUGCCAGUCAAUGCGCUCUGGCUACUAGCCAGUUGGUUGCCUGUGCCCGCGUAGUCGCUCCGACGAUCCAAAGUCCAGCUUGCCGUGAGCAGCUGGAAUCCGCCGCCCGGGAAGUCGCCAAAGCGGUUGCUAAUCUCGUUGAAGUAUGUAACGAAGCUACCGAUAACCAGCAGCUCCGUGGUGACCUCAUGAAUGCCGCCAAGGACGUAUCCAAGACUCUAGCAGAACUCCUUGAGCACAUCAAGCUGAGUUCCCGCGAAAAAGCCCGUCGCGUUGAUGAAAACCCCGUCGAAGACGUCCUGGUUGCCACGGACAUCCUCGUUUCCGCAUCCGACCCGCAGGAAAUGAUCCGUCAAGCUCAACAACUAGGUAAAGCUACGGCUCAACUUAUCCAGACCAUAAAGGGUGAAGCCGAACGCCAAGAAGACUCCAAUCUCCAGCGCAAGCUUCUGGAGGCUGCCAAACAGCUCGCGGAUGCCACCGCCAGGAUGGUGGAAGCUGCCCGCCUCUGCGCUAGUAACCCCCACGACUCGGGUCAUCAGGAAUCGCUACGUGUAGCAGCAGAAGAACUGCGAGUGAUCACCACCACCACCGCCAACACUCCGGAAAUCAAACGCAAACUGAUCAAUCGACUUGAACAAUGCUCCAAGCAGGCAGCUUCAGCUGCUACUCAAUGCAUCACUGCUGCUCAGAACGCCCUGAUGCACAGCAACGACGUCCAGACCAAGGAGAUCUUACUGCAGGACUGUCAAACCGUUGCGGACCAAAUUCCACGCCUAGUCACUGGUGUCAAGAAUACCCUCUCCCGACCGAAUGAUCCAAAUGCCCAGCUGGGUUUGAUUGACGCCGCGGAGAUGUUUUUGGAACCAGGUGCACAAGUUGCCCAAUCGGCUCGCGAUCUUCAACCGACCGUAAUGGACCAGGCUGCUUCGCAGCAGUUGUCUCGUAGUGCUUUGAAUCUAAGUCACUCAAUCCAUGACCUUCGAUCGGCAGCGCAUCGCGCAAGGGAGGCUUGCGGAGGCAACGAGUUGGAUGCUGCUUUGGAAGCUGUUCGCAACCUGAGAAACGUCCUGAACGACACUCGUCGCGCCGGUCAGGAAGGUAAUUUGAGACCUUUACCAGGUGAGACGGCUGAUAGCUGCUUCAAACAACUGGCUGCCGCCAGCAACAACGUCGAUUCUUCGCUGUAUCAACUCAUGUCUGCCGUUCAACAGAGUAAUCGAACCUAUGCUGGAGUAGCUGGAAGGGAUGCUGCCCUUGCCUUAGGAGAAUACACCAAGAGCGUCCGUGGAGUGGUAGCCACAACUAAAAACCCCGUAGUUGUCGAAUGUGCCGAUGAAGUGAUAAUGGAUUCGAUCCGAGUGAUCGAGGAAGCUCAGAAGACGUUGCAGAACCUCGGCAAUCAAGAUCAACUAGUCCAGGCGAUCAAACGAACCAAAGGUUCGCUGGGCAGAACUAUCGACUGCUUCCCCGGUGUGAAGGAUAUCAACGAAGCCUAUGAGAACAUGGCCGAUCUUCGUGCCAUUCUAGACACUGGAGAGUUCCCUCCGCCUACUCGUGCUUAUGGUCAGCUGCAGAACGAAUUGAAGAGUGCAGCGGAAAAUUUGAACACUGUCGGCGGUCAGGUCGCACAUUCUUACGAUAGCUCCAUCAAGUUAGCCAACACCAGUCAGGACUUCUACCAUGCCUAUAAGGAAUUGAUGACCGUUACUUUGGAAAUGGCCGGACAAACCGUCGAAGACCGAGCUCGAGAAGAGAUUGUCAAUUCACUGCGUGGAGUUUCCAAUCAGUCGGCCACACUUCUUGGAACGGCCAAAUUCGUAGCCGGAGAUCCAGAUAGGCCCAACGCAAAGAACGAACUGUCUUCGGCUGCUCGUAUGGUAACGGAGAGCAUCAACCGUUUGGUUGAUGUUUGCACCCAGGCAGCACCCGGACAGAAGGAAUGCGACAGUGCCAUCAGAAGUAUCGAAUCUUUAAAACCGCUUCUGGAAUCCGCACAAGAACCGCUGACCGAUCAGGGAUAUUUUGAUUGUUUGGAUACCGUCAUGGAGAAGUCCCGUACUCUCGGAGAUGGAAUGACUGGAAUUGCCAAUAAUGCCAAGCUUUCGAAACACGUUGAAUUCGGUCACUCGGUAGACUCAGUCUCCGACUCGAUUCGUGGUCUGAUCGAAUCAGCAGCCCAAGCAGCCUAUCUGGUGGGAAUUUCCAAUCCGACAAGCGUCGGUGGACGUCCCGGAUUGGUAGAUCAAGCUCAGUUCGCUCGGGCUUCGCAAGCGAUUCGCCAAAGCUGCGAAGUCCUGCGUGGACCAGCCAGUUCGCAACAGCAAGUUUUGUCUGCUGCUACUAUCAUCGCGAAGCAUACAUCUGCUCUUUGCAAUGCCUGUCGCAAUGCAAGCUCGACCACCACCAAUCCUGUGGCGAAGCGUCACUUCGUCCAGGCUGCGAAGGAAGUCGCCAACUCGACGGCCGAUUUGGUUCGUGAAAUUAAGGCCUUAGACAAGGACUACAGUCCGGUUUCACGAGCUCGCUGCGCCGGAGCUACCGAGCCACUACUGGAAGCGGUUUCUUCGUUGUGUCAGUUCGCUAAUUCUUCGGAGUUUAUUUCCAUUCCGGCUCGGAUUUCCAGUGAUGGAAGGAAAGCACAGGAACCAAUUCUACAAGCUGGACAAGGAAUUCUAGAUGGAGCAGUCGAUAUGGUGAAAACGGCCAAAGUCUUGGCAAUGACGCCUACUGAUCCUCCGGUAUGGCAACAGUUGGCCAUCCACAGCCGGAAUGUUUCCGAAAGCAUCAAGAAAUUGGCAUCCAGUAUUCGUGAGAAGGCCCCAGGACAACUACAGUGUGAUCAGGUUCUUGAGAUGUUGAAAUCCUGCUCGAGAGACCUCAACUCAGCUGCCCUGGCGGUCGGUGUGGAUGGUCUUCCACAGCGUAAGGAGAACAACCUGCAGGGAUUCACCAAUCAAUCGUUGAACGCUGCUUCGGAGUUGAUCGACCGUUUGGAACCGGUCAAGUCUUCUGCCAAGAAGAAUGCAGAAAGCUUGGGUCAUGCUGUUAACCAGAUCGCGAAGCAUAUCAUUCCACUGACCAAUGGAGUUAUCGGAGCUUGCUCCCACGUGGUUCAUUCGGGACAGCAGACAGUACUCAUCGAUCAGGUUAAAUCCGUUGUCGAAUGCUGCUCGCAGUUGGUGCAGGUCGCUAAGAAUGCUGGUGGAAACCCUCGUGCUUCACAUCUUCACCCGGAGCUGGACGAAGCCGUUGAGUCCACUCGUGAAGCAAUCCAAGAGCUAAAUGCUACAGUUGAACGUCUAUCUACUGAAAACGGAGUUGUCACUGGUUUGAUGGAGCAAAUCUCUCGUUCCAUGUCCCGCAUCACCGACAAGCGCCAGUCCUUCCUGGGUGUUUCUAUCAAUGAUAACUUUGUGGACUACCAGACUCGUAUGGUUCAGUCGGCCAAGGAGAUCGCCCGUUAUGCAAAUGAGAUCAACGCCAAGGCAGCCAUUGAUCCUUCAAAGCUGGCUCAACUGUCCGUUGAAAUGACUCAUCACUACAGUCAAUUGGCUCAGGAUUCGAUCGGUGCAUCCGCUUUGACCACAUCCCCGGACGUGGCAAUACGUAUUCGUCAAACAGUUACGGACUUGGGACGAUCUGUGAACGUGCUGAUCCAAUCAACGGCCGGUAUUCGUAAGGACGAUAGCUCUGGACUGGUUGAGAUUUCCCGCGGAGCUCGGGAUGUUUCUGAAAAGGUUUCGCAAGUGCUGGCCGCACUGCAGGCAGGUUCCCGUGGAACUCAGGCUUGCAUUAAUGCGUCCAGCACUGUUUCAGCCAUCAUCAGUGAUCUGGAUACGACCAUCAUGUUUGCAACGGCUGGAACUCUGCACUCUGAAGAGGAGGGCAAGUUUUCGGAUCACCGUGAGCACAUUCUGAAGACUGCCAAGGCCUUGGUCGAGGACACCAAGAUUCUGGUGGCGGGUGCUGCCGGAACGCAAGAUCAACUCGCGGCCGCAGCGCAGAAUGCUGUUACUACGAUUUUGCAACUGGCGGAGGCUGUCAAGCACGGUGCGGCCUCGCUCGGUUCCAACCAACCGGACUCGCAAGUGAUGGUGAUGAACGCGGUGAAAGAUGUCGCUGCAGCACUCGGUGAGCUAAUAAACGCUACUAAGCUUGCAUCUGGUAAACCCAUUAACGACCCGGCUAUGAAUGAUUUGAAAGAUAGCGCUAAGGUCAUGGUGAUGAACGUCACCUCGUUGCUGAAAACUGUUAAGGCCGUCGAAGACGAACACACCCGGGGCACUCGCGCAAUGGAAGCUACCGUCGAUGCCAUUUCGCAGGAGAUCCGUUCGAUGCAGUUCGCACCGGACAUGCACCGGGCCAGCAUGCAGCAGCUUUCGAAACCGGAGGAUUUGAUCAGUGUCACGAAACACGUUACGGCAGCUACGGCUAAGGCUGUAUCGGCCGGUGCGUCCAAUCUGCAAGCGGACAUUGCUGCCGCAGCCAAUCUGGGCCGAAAGACCAUCUCGGACAUGUUGGUCGUGUGCAGGUCGGUUGCGUGGUCAUGUGCGGAAACACAAGAGCUGAGGCAGCGGACGUUGGAUGCUGGUUCUGCGGUGGGUGUGGCUUAUAGGGAUCUACUGGAGGGAGUAUUACAUCGUUGCACUGCGGACGAACGGAUGCAGCUUUCAAGAAGGGUGGCCAAGUGCGUUACGGAUCUGGUGGGCAUGGCUCAGCUGUUGAAGGGAUCGGACUGGGUCGAUCCGGAUGAUCCGACAGUGAUUGCGGAAAACGAGUUACUGGGGGCGGCGGCUUCGAUUGAGGCUGCGGCCAAGAAGUUGGCCAGCUUGCGACCGAGACGGCAGGCAGAAGUUAAGGAAACGGACGAAAACCUGAACUUUGACGAGAUGAUCCUUGAAGCGGCCAAAAGUAUUAUGGCUGCCUCAUCGGCUUUGGUGCGGGCAGCAAACGCUGCCCAACGCGAACUGGUCGAUCAAGGAAAGGUUGAUCGUCGGCCGUUAACUUCCUCGGACGACGGUCAGUGGUCCGAAGGUUUGAUUUCUGCUGCUCGUCUGGUAGCAGCUGCUACCCACAGUCUAGUGGAAGCAGCUCAGCAUCUGGUUCAAGGAACUGGUACUGAAGAGAUGCUCAUCUCCACUGCUAAGCAAGUGGCCAGCUCUACGGCUCAGCUGUUGAUUGCCUGUAAGGUCAAAUCCGACCCCAACUCCGAAACCGGAAGACGCCUUCAAGCGGCCGGAAAUGCUGUCAUCAAAUCCACCGAUACACUUGUCCAAGCCGCUCAGCAAGCCAUCGAAGGCGAGGAAGAGCACACGCUUCGGCUGAACAGGAACAUGGUCGAUGGAAUGGCGCAAGAAAUCAAUGCUCGUUCGGAAAUCCUAAUGGCCGAACGACAGCUCCUCGAAGCCCAAAAUAAAUUGAUCGCCAUUCGUCAUGCCAAGUACCGACAGAAGCUUGCAGGAGGUUUCACCACUGACAGCAGUGAUGAAGGCGGCAUUCAACCACCGUCCUUCACCGGGUACCAAACCCCUUCACCAAAGCCACAUACCUUGCCAAAACCGGGAAAUUAUUCGCCAGCCACCAAUUCUCCAGCGACAUCCACCGGAACCUUCCCACGUACACCGCAGCAGCAGCAACAACAACAACAAUCGAACACAUCCACCUUCCAAAGAUCAACGCUCCUGACGGCAAACGCCGUCCCGAAACCCUACCAAUCGGAUUCGAUCAAAUCUCCAACGGCCCUGGUAUCACCCUCGAUCAUCAACAGAACCUACGAAACAACCCGGGUGGAGAAUUCCAACCUCAGCGCGAGCAAAUUAAAUCGGGCACAUUUCGACGCCGCCGUACAGGACCUGCAGAACAAGGUUCAACCGAUGAGUACGUUCCGAUCGUCACCAAAUCAACAACAACAACAACAGCACCAGCAGCAGCAUCAAGCGGGUUAUGGUACGGUUACUACUACUACGACGAGCGCCACCAGCAAUGGAACGGGGAUGCCGCAGAAUUAUGAAGGAUUUACUACGAGAUACGAAACCCGUGUCUUCCCAACUGCCAGUAAUACUAAUCCAGCCCCUAAUAACCUAAUCAAUGUUGAGCAGAAGUUCGCUAAACUAAACCUAGAGAACCACGAUCAACAGCAGCAGCUGCAGCAACAACAGCUACAGCAUCACCACCAUCAACAGCAUCCCCAGCAAUAUGUGCAUCAACAUCAGCAGCAACAACACCACCAUCAACAGCAGUUUAGCAGUAGUAACAUUAGUAACCAGCAGCAAUAUCGCACCAGCCCACUAAACAGCACUAGCAAUCAACAACAUCCAACCAGCCUGAUCGGUAGUAGUAGUAGUAGUAACAAUGGUACGAUUAAUCUACUCGACAGUGCCACCGCCACUAGCAGUAGCAGCAAGCAGGUCAUCACCAAAAAGAUCCACAUGACCAGCUCGUCGUCGUCGACGGUGAAAUCCUCCAGUAGCGACUGGAAAUGAACUUAGCAAAAGUUCCGAUAGCACGCCCAUACGCAGGUAGAUGUUGUUGUAAUUCUUUGUCUGUGGUAGAGAAACAAUUGUUAAAUACGUGUAUUAGGGAGCGAAAACAUCCGAAAUGUGCCUGUUUCGACGAAAUCGUUGUUGUGUUAAAAAGACCGCGAAAUGUUUUCCCCAAAUCGAUAUAGCUUCCGUUGCGCCGAGAAAGUUGUUGUUAACUCGAGCCUAGUAGGAUUUAAAUAUGCCCCUUUUUCCCAAACAUAAAAAGCAGUGCCUCACAAAUUAUUUUUUGAUUAACAUUUAAAAAAAAAAAAAGUUUAGUGACUAACGUGAACAGAUGAGUUCUUUUUUUCGAUUGUAACACAAAAAUCGUUUAAGUCUUUCCGACAUUUAGAAAGUAAUUGUAUUCACAAAGUGCCACCAAAACGUUUUUUAACUGACUCAAGUAAAUUAAAACCAUAUAUUUUUACGCGUAACAAACGAAUCGAGUUUUACUGCAGGUUUACCAUUUUCUUAGAAUUGCGAAAAUUUUCAAACCACUAUUGUGCCUCUUUACCGGUGAGAGAUAAUAAUUGAAAUACAAUAAACAAGAGAGUAUACUUAAUAUUUUUUAGAAACGAUUGCACAAUAAUUAAUCCACACACCGCCGUUUGCCUUUUUAAUAAAGAAAAAAAUAUAUAAACGAACGAAAUUUCAACCCUACUAAACUAAUUGCCAACGCUAACUGAGUGCCAUUCUCUUCGUUUGCGAACUGUUUUUUUUUUUUGCAAAGCUGAGUUUUUAUCGCAGCACUUUGCGCAAUUCGAAGAGAACAGAUUAUAAUUUCGAAAACAAUCGAACGAUUUGACUUUUUCACGCCGUUUUUCUAACUAGUGUGAUAUACCUAGAGACAACAGCAAAAGAACGUGUUUUCAUCCUAGCUUCUAAACAAAAUGGUAGAGUUAGUAAAUUGCAACAUUAGAAGCAACAACAGUAAGAACCAAGUCAGCCCCGUUCGAAUGGACAUUUAAUGAAAGCUCUAUUUUUUUAAACAUGUAAUUCAAAUAGCCAAUUUGAGAUAGUGGACACUGAACUAACUUAACAUAAUAGCAUGGAUGAGCAAACAGAAACAGCGAAGAUUGAUAGGAAUUCAAGCCUACGAUAAGUAUUGUCUAAUACAUGAAUAUUAUUUUUAUUUUUAUUUUUUCAAAUCCAAAACAUUAAAGAAACAACAAUAACGUAAUGAUUAAUAAAUAAAAUGUCAUUUUCCCCUAUCGCGUACUUAUAUACGAGCUGCAACAAACAAACACGCAGCAAGUCGAGUCACACGAUGAACACGAUAGAAGAAUGCAGAGUAAAAUGAUGGAAGAAACGAGUAAAUUUUAACCAAUUAAAGUGCUUUUAAAUUAAUAA